AUGGCUACUAAGAAUGUAUACGAUAAGCUCUCACAGGACGACCAGAACGCAAGACCAGAGAUCAAAACCCUCAUCAACAAGGCAUCCCUGAACUGGGCGGAAUUGGACAGUCUGCUGGGCUUGAUUGAGCAGAAAGGAGAGGAACUCAGGGACAAGGAAAAUGAGGUCGGUCAACUCCGCGAGACUAUAGCCGAACAGACCACAAAGCUCGAGCAAAAAGAUCAGGAAAUUGAGAGACUAAAGCUCAAGCUCCACGGAAUGUUUUCCUCCAAACUGUCUGGAAUAGAUACUCCAGAGCACAGCCAAUAUUCUUCAAACACUUCGAUGGUGUCGUCGUUCAACUCGAUUCAGAUGGAAGAAGAGAUCAAGAGGCUCAAACAGCAAAACUCGGGUCUUCAAAAAAUGUUGGCAGACAAUAGCAAAGGCAAAGACAAGGACAAGGACAAGGACAAGGCCAGCUCUUCAGCAAACACUUCCCUACAGGAUGGGGAUAAACUCAAAGAAGCCCUCGAAGAGAUUCAGAACCUCAGAGUCCAAGUUCAAACGCAGACGGGAGACAUUGAAAAGCUCAACGGAAUAGUUAACAGGAAGGAGAGAGUAUUCGAAAAGCAAUUCGGAAGUCCCAGGCAAGAGAGAAAUCUCUACCGGAAUCGCCUAAGAGAGGUGGAAACUGCACAAUUCAAGACGGCUGAUAAAUUGAUCUUGGCCAUUGGAAAGAACGACUCUGCCUCCAGUAUCGACAGGAAGAUGGGCCUCAGGGAUCGGAUCAACUAUCUCAACCUGGUUUGCUUCUUCCGUACCCGCAACUACAUCCAGCUGGCUAUUCGAGAGGGAGCUAAUAGAAUGGCCAACGCUCUCCUUGAAGAUAUUGAAGGAUGGGCAAAGUUCUGUCAUAAGGAUUUCGAAACGAUGGAUCCCAGCGUCAAUAUCCUAAUCGAGGCCUCGAUUCAUAUCCUUCACGACAUCAGGACAAUCGUGACCAACGAUGCAGAAGAAGAUCUGAAAGCGGCUCAAGAGAGCAUCCAAUCUGCACGCGAUGUCUUCCAGCAAUAUCCCAUAGAAGGGGCCUUUUUUCAACUUGAUCGCCUUGCUGAUCAAAUCUUGCAAAUCGCCCAAGAACAAGCUGCCGAGUCGCACACGAAAAAGAUGCGCUUUAUUUUUGCCGACAAACUCCAAGUGGGGAGGACUCGGAGAACCGACAUCAGAAGUCAAGUUAGGAACGCUUCAGGUAUGAAGUCCGCUGGCUUUCGUCUACCAGGGGUUCACUCUCCCGUGUCCUCUGGAAAAUAG